UAGGUGCUGGCUGGCAGCAGGGGCUGUCCUUGCCCCCUCUUCAGGGGCGGGAUGGCAGUCGGGGGCCUGCACAGGAGUGUGUCCCUGCACGGAGCCUGCUCCACGCCCAGCACAUGCAGAGGGUGCGACCUUGUUGCCCUGCUGAGGCUGGGAGAGGAGCACGGAGCAUUUUGAGCUGGGGCUGGUUGCCCUUCAGAUCCUCAUAGCCUCUUCUUCCUGGCUGCUGGCCCCAACCUGCCCGUGGUGGCAAGCAGGGCAUGCCCCCAGCUGCGUCCCCUGCCAGGUGAACAUAGCUCUCCUGGGUAAAGGGGAGCAGCCCCUGAGCUACUGACUUACCACCGUGUCCUCCCACCGCGUGGGUACAGGAGUUGGGCUGGCGCUGGCCUCGCCAUGGCAUUGCACGCAGCAGCCCUCGGAGCUUCCUGCCGUGUCUGGAGCCAGCCUUGGAGUGCCGGCGCUGGUGGAGAGGUAAGAGCUGCCUGGAGGUAAGGGUGGCCCCACUGCCACCCACAGCCUGACGGGGACAUAGCUCCAGGGGCUCUGGCACCUGGGGGCCCAUCCAGCCCCUGGGAUCCGGGACUUGGUGCAGGGCAGGAUGAUAGGGGCUGGAUUCCGGACGGGGGCCAGAGGGCGUGGGGCAGCAGUGAGUGUCGAGCGCAGGACCCACUGCUGCACCCCUUCCCUCCACCCGCAGUGGCCUCCAGCGCGAGGGCAAACAGGACGGCAGGGCUGGAGCACUCGGCGUGCCCUGGUGCUGCCCCGUGCCAAGGGUGGGUGGGUUGCUGUGACGCCCAGCAACCCACUAACGCAAAUAGCCAGCAGCGCCUCUCCACCCCGCUCCCCUCCUGGCUCGUGCACAGGCUCCAAUUUCUCGGCGUCAGCCUCCGCCAGCGCUCAGCUGUCGGUGCCCCUCCGGCCUGUCACUUGGGCGCUCCGCAGUGCUGGGCAGCUGCCCCCUCCCUGCGCCUGGCCCUGGGUCUGGGGGCUCUGCGGCCCAAGGGGCUCCAGCACCGGCUCCCCAGCAGUGAGCCCACCGCCAGCUUUGUGGGGCAUUUCAUCAGGGGACACGAGCUCCAAACGUGGCGUAAGUGCAUUUCCAUGCGCGGCUCCCCUUCUCUGGCGGCCCCGACCCUGCUGGGCCCCUGCUCCACUGACGGACCCUGGGGCCCACCGGCUCUCCCCUCCUCCCUGUGCCUGUGGUCCCAGGAGUCCCCAGCCCCCCUUGCCGUCUCCUGGACAGUUGUCCUGUCGUUUCCCCGGGGGGGGAUGGGGAGGGGGGGUCUUGUGUUACGGUAGCACCAAAAAUAGUGAAGUCUGGUGGAAGGGCUGUAAGGAUGGUCGACCGACAAAGGUGGCAUCAGGCACAUCCUGGGGGUGUGGGAGCAGAUCUGCCCUCGUGGUAGCACUGGGUUUCUGUGGAAGAAAAGCCAGGGACAGCUGUGCCCUGGUGCCAGGCAGUGCCAUGGGUACACUUGUUCUGGCAGGCCAAGAGUGGUGCCAUUUGCCACUUCAUCUCGGGACGGAGGCGUCUGGGCAGAUGGGCCCGUGCAGGUAGCUCAGUGGCUGCGGGCAGCGCUGGGCGCCACGUCCGCGAAGCAGCCGGGGAUGGCGAGGAGCUGCAGGUGCUGGGCUGGGAGUGGAUCCCCAGCAGCAGGGCUGGGCAGCUGCCCCGGGCCCUGGGCUGGGUCCUGGGGCUCCCCGGCAGCAAUGCUGGGGCAGGAGCCGUGGGCAGGAGCCGUGGGCAGGGCGGCGGGAGGUGCUGGCCUGGGAGCUGCUUUCCAGCUGGGUCUGAUCCCCAUGGGGCUGUUGGGGGCACAGGCCACCGCUGCCCUGGCUGGGACUCAGCCCCAGUCGAGACGAUGUCUUUGUCUUCCCCUUGUAGCAUGACAGAGAAGGAGGCGCCAGAGCCACCAGCUUCACCUGCCUCAGGUGGGAAACCCAAGAGCCAGCAGCUGCAGAAGCUGAAGCAACUUUUCCGGCGAAAGCCCAAGGAGGAGGCAGCACCGGAGCCACAGCCGAAUGGGGAACUGGUCAGCCCCUCUGGGGGGCCCAUCUACUACAUCUAUGAGGACGAGGAGGAGGAGGAAGAGGAGGAGGAGCUCGAGCCUCCUCCUGAGCCCCAGAAACUUGUCAAUGACAAACCCCACAAGUUCAAGGAUCAUUACUUCAAAAAGCCCAAGUUCUGCGACGUUUGUGCCCGCAUGAUCGUCCUCAACAACAAAUUUGGCCUGAGGUGCAAGAACUGCAAAACCAACAUCCACCACCACUGCCAGUCCUACGUGGAGAUGCAGCGCUGCUUCGGCAAAAUCCCCCCAGGGUUUCGCCGGGCGUACAGCUCACCCCUGUACAGUGACCAGCAGUAUGCCUGCGUCAAGGAGCUGCUCUCGGCGGCCAACAGGAGCGACCCAGUAUUCGAGACCCUCCGGACGGGCGUCAUCAUGGCCAACAAAGAACGCAAGAAAGGGCAAGAAGACAAGAAAAAUCCGCUGGCGGCUAUGAUGGAUGAGGAACCCGAGGCCAUGAAGCCGGAUGGGGGCAAAACAGAGGGCAGCACCUCCGAAGGGGACAAGAAGACCGAGAAGAGCACAACAGAUGACAAGAACAAGAAGCCGCAGCCGGGGAUGCGUGGCGGCUAUCUGCAGUCUCACUACUUCGUGGCGCUUUAUCGCUUCAAAGCUCUGGAGAAAGACGACCUGGACUUCCCGCCAGGAGAGAAGAUCACAGUGGUGGAUGACUCCAACGAGGAGUGGUGGCGGGGGAAGAUUGGUGAAAAAAUUGGCUACUUCCCCCCAAACUUCAUCAUCCGAGUGCGGGCCGGUGAGCGGGUGCACAAGGUGACACGCUCCUUUGUGGGCAACAGGGAGAUCGGGCAGAUCACACUCAAGAAGGAUCAGAUCGUGGUGCAGAAGGGCGAGGAGGUGAACGGCUACGUGAAAGUCUACACUGGCCGCAAAGUGGGGCUCUUCCCUGUGGACUUCCUACAGGAGAUCUAAGUCGGGGUGCUGGCCUCAAGCUGCGGCGGAUGAAUGGUGCCCACUGGAGCUGCUGGGGCCAGGAUGGAGCCGGGCUGGCAGGCGCCUCCGCUGGGCAACGUGAGGCCGGGGGCUCCGGCGAGGGGCAGCGCUGGGACUGUUCCUUGCCUGGGCUGUAGCGCCUGCACCGCCAUGGUGUGCACAGUGGGAGGCACCCACCCACCCACCCCCCCGACACCGCGGCCACCGCCUGCCCCGGCCCGUGGGGGGCUGCCUGCGGGUCCCGCCCCGGGGCGCGGGCUGUGCAGGUCUGUGUGUUAGCAAUACAUGUCUGUUCCCCAGCCGGCAUCACCUCUGCAUGUCCUGGGGGAGCUUACUGCAGGCCCUGCCGGGGGGGGCAGGGCCGCGGUCGGGGGGUUCAAGGGCCGCGGUCGGGGGGGGCUCCAGGGCCGCGUUCAGCGGGGCCGAGGCUGGCGCUGAGCCCCGCGGGUCCCGAACAGGGAGGGCAGGCGACAGGUGCCGCGGCCUGGCGCGGCGCGUUCAGCUGCCGGAAAAGCAGGGCCCAGCGCUCAUCCAGCGGAAACAGGUGCUGCGGCCGGGCGGCGGGGAGCGCUGGGGGCGCAGCCGGGCCGGGGCUCCGGCAGCCCCGCUGCCCCGGCCCCGGCGGGGCC